AUGAACAAAAGUCCAAUUUUACUUGGUUCUCUUAUCUCAAAAAUUAACCCCAAUCUCAUUCGUUGUGUAUCAUCAUCAAAUACAUCAACAAAUGCUAAAAAGGUUGCCGUAUUAGGUGCCAGUGGCGGUAUUGGACAACCACUAUCAUUAUUACUUAAAUUAAGUCCAUUGAUUAGUGAAUUAUCACUUUAUGAUAUUCAACAUACAAAAGGUGUUGGCGCUGAUCUUAGUCAUAUUGAGACACGUGCCAAAGUUAAAGCUUACGUUGGUAAAGAAGAAUUAGCUAAUGCACUUAAAGGAAUGGAUCUUGUUGUUAUUCCUGCUGGUAUACCACGAAAACCAGGUAUGACACGAGACGAUUUAUUUAAUACAAAUGCAACAAUUGUUGCUGACCUUGUAACUGCUUGUGCUAAAAAUUGUCCACGAGCAAUUAUUGCUAUUAUUGCAAAUCCAGUUAAUUCAACUGUUGUUAUUGCAUCAGAAAUUUUAAAAGCACACAAUGUUUACGAUGAAAAGCGAAUUGUUGGUGUUACAACAUUGGACGUUGUUCGUGCUGCUACUUUUGUUGCUGAAAACAAAGGUCUUGAUCCAACAAAAGUUAACAUACCUAUUAUUGGUGGUCAUUCGGGAAAUACAAUAAUUCCAUUACUUUCUCAAGCUUCACCACCAGUUACAUUUUCACAACAAGAUUUAGAUAGUUUAACAAAUCGUAUUCAAAAUGGUGGUACUGAAGUUGUUAAUGCUAAAGCUGGAGCUGGUAGUGCAACAUUAUCAAUGGCUCAUGCUGGUGCAAGAUUUUCAUUUUCUGUUCUUGAAGCAUUAAAUGGUAAAGAAGGUGUUGUCGAAUGUGGUUAUAUUGCAUCAAAAGGAGAUUUUAGUUAUUUUGCUACACCACUUCUCUUUGGCCGUAAUGGUGUUGAAAAGAGUAUGGGUUUUGGUAAAUUAACCGAUUAUGAAAAGACAUUAGUUGAAAAAGCUAAGAAAGAACUUAAUGGAAAUAUCGAAGCUGGUUUAACCUUUGCUAAACAAUAUUUAUCAAAAUCGAAAUGA